AUAAAAAGGAACUAAAACUGUUCAGAGGGACUAUUUCGAUUUCCGUCCGGGUCGUCGCAGAAAAACACUGGAAGGCUUCUUUCGCGGUCUCAGUCCAGUUUAGCCGCCACUUACGACGGCGUAAUGGCGACGGCAAUUUCCCGGCAUCGGAGUUAUAAUCUUUCAUCGCCGUUAAUCCUCCGGUGGUUCAGGUCACAAGCGACACUGAAAGCAUUAGCUAAAGCAUCAGAAGACAAAAUCCCAAAUCUCAUCCUCUAUAAUUAUCCUUCUUUUUCCGGAGCUUACUCUGCGCUUUUCGCUCACCUCUAUCACUCUCGUCUCAACAUCCCUUACCUCGUCUUGCCUUUCUCUUCCAUUGAACCCUUCAGAGUUGAAGACUUGUGUAUUGACGGGCUGCAAAAUUGCUACUUCCUUGAUUUUGUUGGUCCAAAAGGAUUUGCAGCUGAGCUUGCUCAGCGGACCUCAUGCCAGAUACUAGGGUUUGAUCACCGAAAGUCUGUGCUAUCCAAGAUCCAUUUGAAUCAAAGUUAUGGUAGGAGUCUCACGUUUCAUGUCAACCUCGAGAAAGCUAGUUCAGUUGCUGUUUAUGAACAUUUCUCUUCUAGGCUUUCAGAGGUUGGAUCCAAUAAGGGGGAUGCUAUCUGCUUGCUGAACUCUACUAUUCAAGAUCGAGUGGAAGAUGUUCUAAAAUAUAUAGAGGAUGGAGAUCUUCACAGGUGGAGUUUGCCUGAUAUUAGGGCCUUUGGGAUUGGAAUUAACCAGUGGCGUUCAAAAUUGAACUGCAUCAUUAAUCCACAUUUGUAUGAACAGCUAGUGGGAAUUUGCACCGGUGAUUUAAUUGCUAAUGGAAACUCCCAUAUUUCAAAUAGGCUGGCUGCUGCACACAAGAUGCUUGAUAAGUUUUUUAAAGUUCGGCUAGGGAGAGGACUUUAUGGUGAAUGCUUGGGGGUUAGAGCUGAUGGCAACCCAGACUUAAGUGAUGAAAUUGGCAAGGAACUAAGCAAGAAAAGCGCUUCAGUUGGACUAAGGCCUAUAGGAGCAGUCAUAUACCUUCAGCGGAAGAAUCUCAAGAUGUGUCUGAGGACUCUAGAUGCUGCUACUGAUACUUCAGAAAUUGCCAAGGCAUAUGGUGGUGGUGGUUCGCCGAGUUCUAGUUCAUUCAUAAUUCGGAUGGAUGAGUAUAACCAGUGGCUCUCAGUGCAUUCAUCCUAAGUGGGGAUUGGGGAAGAUAGAGCCCGACAAUUUAAUUACUUCCAUGGCAAAUGUAAUUGCAGUUGAAUACAGUAGAACUGUGAAAGAUGUGAGCAGUCCUUUUCCACAAGAAUGUUGGUCAUUACUUACAAGAGAGAAUUUAGGUGGGAGAAAUAGUACAAAGAACCUGAACAUGCAAUAACUCGGUGAUGAUUUUCCAGAAUAUAGGUGUGUAACUUCUGAAUACUACUUGAGAGAACAUAGAGAGUUUUUUGGGACCUUAAAUACACAAAAAUUAUACUGAAUAUAUCCACUUAUCUAGCUGGACACCCAUCAACAGCUAUGCCUUUGGCUGUUGGACAAGUUGCCAAUUCGCAGUGUUCUCCGUUGGUACCCCACCAUGUCAGCCCUUUUUGCUCCAUUCCUAACGAGAAAUAUAGUAGGACUGCCAUGAAAGCUACUCCUGCAUCCAGCGCUGCAGAUAGAAUGUAGUUGUAUCUUUGCCACCAUUGCUUUCGGUAUCGGAAGAUGAAGAAGUUGAAAAUUGUGCCAACAAUGACCCAUGCAUUAUAGUUUAAUGGUGUUGCUGGUGGCAUGGCACCUGUUGCUCCCAGAAGAACUGGAAGGUUGAUCAGGGGAAUCCAUGACUGUGUUGGAAACACUUUAUGCAAUAGCCACACUAUUACAGGUCCUACUGCGCCUCCAAGGAAGAACCAGUUCAUGGAGCUGUAGUUCCCAAAAGUUCCAAAAAUCCUUUUUGGUCCGACUAAACCCCAGAUAACUGAUGCAUCAAAAAAGACACGAUCGCCUGGGCAUGUCCAUGGACUGUCUGAUGGGAGGAGAUCAUCUUGACAUAUGUUCUCGAUGGAGUUUAGCAGCCACCAUGCCACGGAUAUGUUGAUAGUUCCGGAAAUUAUUGUUCCUAAAAACUGGAAUAUAACCAAACAAGAAUGAAAAAUAUUCUUUGUUCUCGAAUUUAUCGUUGUCUGGAAUACUGAUAAAUUAUAGCUGCUGGAAAAAUUGACUAGGCUAGUGAAAUAACGUGUCUCAGUACUUCCUGGUGAAAGAUAAGCUGCUAAAUUCUGUUAUAUGUUGAUAGAUUAUGAAAUCCUAACUCUCCUCCGUAUUAACUUGUUUUUCUUGUAUGCUCAGUUUUAUUCUACCCUUUAUGGCUUUUUUAAUGGGCACUGCACUCAUAAUUUAGCAUUCAUCUGAUUGGAGAACUAUCUGCGUACAAAUUGAGCUGUUAUGAUGCUGAUUGGAAGCGUGAAGAUAAAAGCAAUAGCACUUGCAAAUAGAAGCCCCCACCAUGGCAUCUGGACUUGGUUAUUCAAGAAAAUGCAGAGGAUUAGGGAGACUGCUAGUGUCACCAGAAGCAAUGCAUUAAACCACCACGAAGGAAAAUGAGUUAAGCUGUGAUCUUGCAGAUGUUAGACUUCUUUUCAUGAUUGGUGUAGGAUUUUUGAUUGGUUGUCGUAUCAUUAUGGCACUUGGCACUCGGCAGUCAGCAGUAAGCAGGGGAAAUUAAAGGGAGGAUUUCAAAUUACUAUUGCAAAUUUUUACUUAUUUUUGUAUAUCAAACACAUUGCAAAAGAGGUUAGUCCACUAACGAUCAACUGCGAAAUGCUAUCAAUGUACAAAUGUGAAUUCAGUUUGACGUGCCA